CAUUUUUGCCUGGCAGGUCAGCCACUCUGUGUUUCAGUCUGAAGCCGUUGGCUGCUACUGAACCGUUUGGCUCUUUUCUCUACCAGCGAGCAACCUACAAUCUAGACCCAACUGUCCUUUCAGCUCAUUUUUAAGGGGAUUUAUCUUCAUAUAUGCCCGUGUAUCCAAGACAUAUCGGUCAUUGGGGAUUCCUAGGACCGGUUGGCCGGGUCUGAAGGCCGUUAUAACGCUUUUUUCGAGGUUUAAUUAGAGCUAGAAAAUAACGCUGGUGGAGGAGGAGAUUCCAUAUUAGGAGCACAGAGGAGAAGGCACCCCCCUUGUGUGAUUUGGAGCUUUUGGUUCUGAGCCCAUGGUACAAGGCCCUGACUGAACAUACUGGUGGGGCAUACAGACCUACUACUGUGGCUGUGUGUGUGUGCUGACCUCAUGGUGUAACAGGAGUAAAGAUGAGCAUUAGCAGUGAUGAGGUCAACUUCCUGGUCUACAGAUACCUACAGGAGUCAGGGUUCUCCCACUCAGCGUUCACUUUCGGGAUAGAGAGUCACAUCAGCCAGUCCAACAUCAAUGGAGCUCUGGUGCCCCCUGCUGCCCUGAUCAGUAUCAUCCAGAAGGGCCUGCAGUACGUGGAGGCUGAAGUCAGCAUCAACGAGGAUGGCACACUAUUUGACGGGCGGCCCAUAGAGUCUCUGUCUCUGAUUGACGCAGUGAUGCCGGACGUUGUUCAGACGCGGCAGCAGGCCUACAGAGAUAAAAUGGCGCAGCAGCAGGCGGCCACUUCAGCCCCGACCUCGGCCACCGGAGGCAGCAUCGCCGGCAACGCCAAGAACGGAGAGAAUACUGCCAACGGGGAGGAGAACGGAGCCCAUGCCUUAGCUAAUAACCAUGCAGACCUGAUGGAGGUGGACGGAGACGUAGAGAUCCCUCAGAACAAGGCCAUGGUCUUGAGGGGCCACGAGUCAGAAGUCUUCAUCUGUGCCUGGAACCCCGUCAGCGACCUGCUGGCUUCAGGGUCUGGGGACUCGACGGCUCGUAUCUGGAACCUCAGUGAGAACAGUACGAGCAGCUCCACACAGCUGGUGCUGAGACACUGCAUACGAGAGGGGGGGCAGGACGUCCCCAGCAACAAAGACGUCACCUCGCUAGACUGGAAUAGCGAAGGCACACUGCUAGCGACAGGCUCGUAUGACGGCUUUGCCAGAAUAUGGACGAAGGACGGGAACCUGGCCAGCACACUGGGCCAGCACAAAGGUCCCAUCUUCGCCCUAAAGUGGAAUAAAAAAGGCAAUUUUAUCCUGAGUGCAGGAGUAGACAAGACAACAAUCAUAUGGGAUGCCCACACAGGAGAAGCCAAACAACAGUUUCCCUUCCACUCAGCUCCGGCACUCGACGUGGACUGGCAGAGCAACAACACGUUCGCCUCCUGCAGCACAGACAUGUGCAUCCACGUGUGUAAACUGGGACAGGACAGGCCCAUCAAAACAUUCCAGGGACACACAAAUGAAGUAAAUGCAAUCAAGUGGGACCCCACAGGGAACCUGCUGGCCUCCUGCUCAGACGACAUGACGUUGAAGAUCUGGAGUAUGAAGCAGGACGCGUGUGUCCAUGACCUGCAGGCCCACAGUAAAGAGAUCUACACCAUCAAAUGGAGUCCAACCGGGCCUGGAACCAAUAACCCCAGCGCUAACCUCAUGCUAGCCAGUGCAUCGUUUGACUCCACGGUCCGUCUCUGGGACGUGGAGCGGGGGAUCUGCAUCCACACGCUGACCAAGCACCAGGAGCCCGUCUACAGCGUGGCCUUCAGCCCCGACGGGCGCCACCUGGCCAGCGGCUCCUUCGACAAAUGUGUGCACAUCUGGAAUACACAGACGGGCGCUUUAGUCCACAGCUACAGAGGGACGGGGGGGAUCUUUGAGGUUUGCUGGAACGCAGCCGGGGACAAAGUGGGAGCCAGCGCGUCAGACGGAUCUGUGUGUGUACUAGACCUUCGGAAAUAGCGCCGCUGUUUGUUGGAAGCCAUGGACCGACCAUGAAUGUGUACAUAGCCAAAUGACUGUCCCUGCCCUCGCCCUGCCAACUGCUCACGCUCACGGCCCCGCCCACCGACAGACAGGAAGCAGGAAACAGGAACAGGAAGCAGCCCACACAGCAGGUCCAGACAGGGGUGAACAGACGGAGGGACCCGGGGGGACGGACGGCCCCUCUCUCACAGAGACUCUCACAGAGAUGCAGAAGGGACGCAGUGAAAAAAAGAAAAAAACUGAUAGACAAAAAAAAGUUACAGAUCCCUAUAUGUGCCGACAUUUGGAAGCUCUUUUGCUUUUUUUUAUCUUUAAACCAUCGCUCAUCGUCAUCAAAAUGAAAAACAAUGAAAAAAGUGUUGCUCUUCGUUACUCGUUGGAUCUCAUCGUGCAGACAUAUCGAACUCCUCCACCAUAAAAUAGGACGGCACUUAGUUUUUUUAAAUUUCUGAUCUCUUGUUUCAAUGUUUUUAUAUUUGUUAUCUUCGGGGGGAGGGGGAUUGGAGAAGGACGCACACACACACACACACACACACACACACACACACACACACACACACACACACACACACACACACUCACUCAUGGGUCAUACGGUUACAUCAGAAUGCAGUAGCUCAUGUUGUACAUCCUCCUGUCACAUGACGUCCAUCUAGAUGCUUUAAGAACAGCUCCUCUGUGCACUCUGAUCUAGAUGCUUCUCUCUGGACUCAUGACAUCACAGGAAGCUCACCUCCACUCAUCUGAAUGUGGAGUUUGCAUCCCCAGCCAGUAGGAUUCCAGCUGACCUUCUUACCUAAUUUGAUUCAGGCCUCAAACCAUGGAAUACCCUGAUGUAUGCUGGGAAAAGAGGAUGUUUUUGCAGCUUCUCAGCGUCUAAAACCACAGAGGGUAGAGUCAAAGGAGCUGGACUCAAGCUCUUCAUCUGAUUGGCAGCGUCCACACACUUUUUAUUGCUCUGUGUGUUUGCAAUUGGCUAACAAGUGAAAACAAGGACUCUCAAAUGGUUAUUCGUUUUUAUUUCAAAUAUCUGGCGCCUUACACUUGGAGUUAAAGUUGAAUGUAACUGUGGAUGGCCAGGAAAACUGACUUUGUGAUCUGUUUUUGCGACAUUGACGGUUUUCUGACAGUUUUUAGUGUAUGUCAUCGUAAGUUCAGAUAUGAAUUACAAGCAAGGGGGACACAUUCACGGUUUUAUACCUUUGGCUGCUCAAUAUAAAAGUCAAGUCAGUCUGAACAUCUCCAUGUGAACGCAGCCAACAGAUUCUCAGAUACAGUUUCGUACGUCGAAUCAUCAGUGGCAGUCGUAGUGUCUCUAUUUUCCAAUCAAAGGUGACGUAUUGGGUUGUCAGCAAAAAAGCAACACAAAAAAAGAACAGAGAAUACUAUUUAGACACAUGUGGCUAUGAACUCUGGGAAAAGUGUUCCUGGCUCUGCCCUGUUUUAGUGGAACAGCUCUGCCUCCAAGACUAAAUACAUGACAGUUUCAUUAACAUGCACAUCCAUGGGGGGGGGGGGGUGACUGAGCUGCCUUCACAUCACACUCAAAAAUACAAAAUGACAGCCUGAAUCCCACCGGCACGAGGCUGCUCUUCAGAAUCAAGCUCUAAAGCAAUAUUUGGACAUUCUUUUUUAUAAACAGCUACUUGUCAAAUUGUGGGGGAACAACGACACUGCGUUCACGCUGGAGGACAUUAGAGAUGUGACGUAAAAUAAUUGAAAACAUGUGGUGCAUUCAAUGCAUCGGACUCUGCCCUCGCUCACUCUCGGUUCUGCUUCACGUUUUUCUCCGAGGUUCCUUACUGACAACACAUUUUAUACUCUUUUAAAGACACAUUUAAAGUUACAUUUUUGUAAUUUCUUUGUAGAUUUGAAAACAAAAUGUGAAUUGAUGAUUUAUUGGCGGUGUUAAUUGACAUGUUCUAUACAUUUUUAAAUGUUUUGUUUUGUUACUUUGAUGCUAUUUCAAAUAGCAAACCCUGAGCUGCGGAUCUGAGGCGCCUCGCUGCGGAACACGUGUCCCGGAGCAGAUUACCACUAAAUGUGUCUAUGUUUAAUAAAGAAAUGUUUUACUUUUCUUUUUUGCUUGGAUCUUUUUGGGAGGAAGUUUUGUCCCAGAAAACGACGGCCUACAGAGAAGACAAUUCAGAAAAAAAGUUACUCUUUAAAUUGAAUAAAAUUGUAAUUUUUCAAUCAA